UUGUCCGGCAAGACACGCUUCACUGGUGCGCGCGAUCUGUUGCACCGAUCUUUCACCUUCGCAAUAUUGACGCCUAUAAAACCUUGUCAUUACAAUAUUGUCACGUUACUUUCAUCCCGACCCAAACGAGAAAUACAACUCGACGCAGUGAGGAGUAGUGGACGUUAAAAGAUCUUAAAUGGGUUUAUACCCAUACAUAAAAAUGUCUAGACUCGGGUGUCUGUUAUUAAUUUGGGCGAUAUGUGAGGGAGUGUUUGCUAAAGAAGAAAAACAAAAUGGAUUUGUGGAGCCGUUGGAUUUUGCUCCAAUUUUCGACUCGGGAGAUGCAGGACUCAGUUCGCUGGCUUCCAGUCCUAUUGCCGCAGCAAUGCUUAAAUUAGAUAAAAGUCAAUACCCUCAAUUGUUUGACACAGUCGUCAGUAGUUCUAUUGAUUCUAUUCAAAGGCGGGUUGCACCAAAAGAAAAUGCAUUCUCUGCCGAACAUUUUGGUUUCAACCCAAUUGCAAGCCAAGGCUUCCAGUCGGCUAGACUAGUCGCGCCACCGCCACCGCUGCCAAAGCGACACCACCAACAACAACAGACCCAACCCCUCACACACCUACCCAUACGCGAGCAACUUGUUCCUUUGCGAUAUGAUAUUCGAACUGUACACGACGCCGACUAUAAAGUGUACAAACCAGAAGAAAAUGAACAAGAAGAAAUCCUAGCCGCUUUAAAACAAAAUCCUAGUGUAGCAUCAUACUUCCAACCCGCAGUCACAAAUCUUGAGGUUGCACAUCCCAUAAAAUACCGCAAGGAAGAAUCGGUUGACAACCCUGAAGUUGAACAAAACUACAAGCCAAAUGCUUACGUUACAGGAUCAUCCCGUAUCCGUCGUUAUGCAGGUGGACGGCGAAGCGAAAAAUUAAGAAGAGGCCAAGAUGAAGAUGAAGACCCCUAUAAUUAUAAAGCUGAAUAUAUUUCAAGGCCUAAAGAAUUCGACAGCAGUCUUUAUAGCAGCGCCUACAAGGAGGAGAAGGACCCCAAUAAAGAUUACGAAUAUCCCUAUGGAUAUGACUCAGGAUAUGACCAUAAAGAGUACGAUAGAAUAAAGGAUUUAUCAGAGAAGCAGGCCGCGGAGAUUAGACGUAAUCCAGGAAAUUGUAAAGAAGUGAAGAGAGACGGCAUGUCUUGCAAUGUGUGCAAGGACCCUAAAACUGGUGGAAAUUAUGAAUCUUGUUCGUAUGUCACCGAACCAAAAAAUAAUCAAUACGCUUACUCGAAAGAGAGAAAAUUCGAUAGCAAUGACGAACCCGAUGAACCAGAAAAAGAUGAAAAAUCUGCUGAACAACCCAAAAAGCUAGCAAAAUAUGAAACACCUAAGGAUGACUCGCAUGAAUAUUCGCCCGCCGAACCGGAAAAAACCCACAGCGACUACAAAAAGGAUGACGAUUCCGGCGACAAAUACAAAGCUUACUACAUCCACUCCUCUAAACCAAAGACAAGUGAGGCUAUAAGAGAUUCAAGCAGUGAAAGUGAUGGCUCAGAAGAAAAAUCAGAUUCUUUAACUAAGCCUUACAAUUACAAAGAGGCCAUACCAGGUUUUUAUACUGACACUGAGCCUAAAAAGGACGUAGAACAUGUUCUAGCCGAGUUCAAAAAGAAAGAUAGAUCUGCGUGUAAAAAAGUUCAAAAGAAUGGUAUGACAUGUUUCCAAUGCGUCGACAAAAAUGGCUUGAAAAACGAAGAAUGUAUGUUUGUGUCUGAGUCAGCGCCACAACGUAGUCAUCUAGCGUAUCAAGAAGUCAAAGAAUUCACAUCAAAACCUCCGACAAUCGAUGCAGGAAAUGCAGGAGCUGUAGGAGCUGAAAGCCAAGCUGUGACAACCACUGCACCAGCGGCGCAAAAAUCUGCAGCUUAUGUAGUUGCUAAUACUGGUUAUGGUAAAAAACUGAAACGUAAGAAGGCUCGUCCAGCUAAUUUAGCUGUUGCUGCCACUAAUCCUAUUUCUACGGUUGUGCCUGCUCACAAAGUGAAAAGGAGCGUAGAAUCAGAAGCUGAAGAACGAGCUGAGAUCGUGGAUGAAGCCAACGUCGCACCUCCUGAAGAAUUCGCCGGAGACAACUCCAGGGGUGCAUAUUGGGCUGAAACUAUGCCUCGGUACAGUGCAGCAUUAGGAGUAACUUUGCCAGAAUUUAUGUUAGCUCGGUCGGAACAUGAGGCUUCAUUCGAUGAAGUUGUAGCUGGCGCGUAAAAGAUAGUGUCAGGCUGCUGUUGCCAGCCAACACUAAUAGUGUUAUUAGAGCGUGUCCGUUGUACAACACCUUUUAGAUAAAGCUUGAACAGAAGUUAACGGGCAAAAAGUAUUGUUGCGUAACAAAAUGAGAUUUCACAGAUUGACAUUCUACAAAUCGGACGCAAUGUUUCAAAACAAGUCAACAAAACCAAAUAUUGAUCAAUAGAAAUCUGUGUUUAGGGUAAUUAAACAAAAAAUUGAUUAAUUAAGUUUUACUUUAAUAAUUGUUUUUCUAUGCGUUUGUUUUUAAAAUACUUUUAUUGUAAUAUACAUGGUU